AUGCAGAGGGCAUUGCUGGACUCUGGUAGCACGGUCUUCCUCAAUGUAUCCGAAGAUGCAAGUAUCGGUUCAGUCGUUAUGAACCUGAGCCCAGCCAGGUUUCAGGCAGCCUCAUUUGAGCUGGUUUACCCGGAGACAGAUAUCACCCCAAUCAACGUGGGCAAGGAGAGUGGCGAUAUCGUGGUAGCCAGGCGCCUGGACAGGGAGACUGAACCGUUCGUGGAAUUCACUGUCAAAAUACAAGAUCAACGAGGGCCUGACUGGUACCUGACCAAGGUGAAGCUGAUGGUGACAGAUGUCAACGACAAUGCCCCCGAGUGGGCUAUGGAGCCAUACCCCUACCUGGCUGUGGUGUCUUCCGAGGCCCCCCCUGGGGUGCUAGUUUACCUGCUCCAUGCCCGUGAUGGGGAUGAGGGCAGCAAUGGCGAGGUGGAGUACUUUCUGGCCGAUGGUGGUGAUGGCUGCUUUGCAGUGGACAAGAAGAGUGGUCACGUCCUGACCACGGGUCUCCCCCUGCAGAGAGACAGGGAGUAUCUGUUGAGUGUGGUGGCCUUUGACAGGCUGGGAAGCCGCAGUGCUCCGGCCAUGGUGUCGGUCAUCGCAGGACCCAGAGCACCACAGUUCACCAACGUGUCCUACGGUAUCUCCAUACCAGAGAACACCCCAGAGGGACAGCACUUCCUGGUGGUGUUGGCCAUCUCCUUCCAGAAGCAGCCAAUCACCUACAGCCUGCUGAUCAACCCCAGCAGCCUGUUCAGCAUGCAGCAGGAGACGGGGGAGAUCAGCCUGACCCGCACGCUGGACUAUGAGAAUGACCAGAGACGAUACCUCCUCAUGGUCAGGGCCAGCGAGGGUCCAGGGGGCCUCAGCAGCGCCAUAGAAGUCCAGGUGGUGAUAACGGAUGAGAACGACUGUGUCCCAGAAUUUCUCCAGUCCAUUUACAGUGUUGAUGGAGUCUCUGAGACAGUCACCACAGCAACCUCUCUCCUGCAAGUGUUAGCCAGUGACUGUGACUCUGGGUUGAAUGCGGAGCUCAGCUACUACACUCUAAGCCCAGACUUCAGCAUUUCUCCCCACGGAACCAUCUUCCCUGCGGGCCGUCUGGACUACGAGAGGCCCAAUCACCUGUAUGAGUUUGUGGUGAUGGCGGUGGAUAACGGGGAGGAGCCUCACUCGGGCACCGCCACCAUCCGCAUCCGCAUGGCCAACGUCAACGACCAGGCCCCAGAGUUCUCCCAGACUGUCUAUCGGACCUUUGUCUCCGAGGAUGCAGGCCCCAACACACUCGUUGCCACGGUACUGGCUAAGGACCCGGAUGGUGAUGGAAUAGUGUACUCAAUUACAGCUGGCAACGAGGAGGGCAACUUUGUCAUCGACAGCCAGAAAGGGUUGAUCCGUCUGCGCUUCACCCCCGCUCCAAAGCUCCAGGGCCUGGAGUACGUCCUCAAUGUAACAGCUACAGACGACAACGCCUCCGGGGGGCCACACCCACUCUCUGCCACCGCCUGGGUCAUAGUGGGCGUUGAUGAUGUCAACAACAACAAACCCAUCUUUGAGAAGUGUCAGCAGUACAGAGAGCAGGCGUCCGUGUUGGAGAACCAGCCCACAGGGACCUUCGUAUUACAAGUGCACGCGGUGGAUGCAGACGAGGGGGCCAAUGGGAAGGUCAAGUACGGCCUGAUGCACAGAGACAGUGCCAUACCUGCCUUCAGAGUCCACCCUGACACAGGUGUGAUCGUGACAGCGCGGCGGUUCGACCGGGAGCGUCAGAGAGAGUACUCUAUCACGGUGACGGCUACAGACUGGGCUGAGGAGCCCCUUAUAGGGAUCUGUCAGCUCAACGUCCUCAUCCUGGACCAGAAUGACAACAGCCCCAAGUUUGAGAACCUGCGCUACGAGUAUUUUCUGAGAGAGGACACAAUGAUCGGCACCAGUUUCCUGCGUGUGGCGGCACAUGACGAUGACUUUGGUACCAACGCUGCCAUCACCUACUCCAUAUCCCAGGAGCAACCGGAGUACCUGGGGGUCAACCCUGUUACCGGCUGGGUGUACGUCAAACAGCCCAUAUCACAGAGGUCCUACAUCACCCGGGAGAUUAUGGCCACGGACGGGGGGAACCGCACCACAUCUGUAGAGAUGUCUGUGACCAUUACCAAUGUGAAGAACCAGCCCCCACAGUGGGAGAAGGAAAGCUAUAGCGUGGUCAUCCCAGAGAACACUGCCAGGGAUACCCCCAUUGUGACGAUCAAAGCAACCUCGUUGCUAGGCGACCCCAGGGUGACCUAUAACCUAGAGGAGGGUGUGGUCCCGGAGACUAACAUGCCCGUGCGCUUCUACCUGUCGCCCAAUCGCGAGGAUUGCUCUGCCUCCAUCCUGGUUUCGGAGCCGCUGGACUACGAGACCACGCCCAGUUUCUCCCUGAGAGUGCGGGCUCAGAACUUAGCAGCAGUACCACUGGCUGCAUUCACCACCGUCUAUGUCAACGUCACAGAUGUGAACGACAAUGUUCCAUUCUUCACCUCCUCCAUCUAUGAGGCUUCAGUGACAGAGGGAGCCAAGGUGGGGACCAUGGUCCUCCAGGUGUCUGCUCAAGACAAGGACCUGGCUUUCAACGGACAGAUCACCUACUCCCUCUUGAGUGACAGUAGUGGGGACCACCGUCUGUUUCGUGUAGAUCCAGAGCUGGGCUUCAUUUAUACAGAGGCUGUGUUUGACCGCGAGGCGCAGGGAUCCUACCUACUGGAGGUUCAGUCUGAAGACGGCAUGGAGUCAGCACGGCCUGGGAGGAACAAACAGCCCAACUCUGAUACAGCAUAUGUGCGAGUUUUCAUCAGCGACGUGAACGAUAACAAACCCGUCUUUGCUCAGCGCCUCUAUGAAGUUGGGGUUGACGAGGAUGCAGAUGUCGGCCUGGCUGUUGUCACCGUCAGUGCUAAUGACGAAGAUGAAGGUGCCAAUGCCAAGUUGCGUUACCAGAUAACGUCGGGCAACACAGGAGGGGUGUUUGACAUGGAACCUGAGGUGGGAACCAUCUUUGUCACCCAGCCUCUGGACUACGAGCAGCAGAAGAGGUACAAGCUGCUGGUGCUGGCAUCAGACGGGAAGUGGGAGGACUACGCCGCCGUGGUGGUCAACGUGGUCAACAAGAACGACGAGGCGCCCGUCUUCUCCAUGAAUGAGUACUAUGGCUCAGUGACAGAGGAGCUAGAUGGCUCACCGGUCUUUGUGCUCCAGGUGACAGCCACGGACCCAGACAAGGAUGCAGACCAGGACGCCGUCCGCUACUCUCUCCAUGGUCAGGGGGCGGACUCUCAGUUUGUGAUUAAUGAGAUCACGGGGGAGAUGUACGCCCAGAAGACGCUGGACCGCGAGGAGCGGGCUGUGUGGCGCUUCGUGGUCCUGGCCACAGACGAGAAAGGGGAGGGGCUCACCGGCUUCACUGACGUCAUCAUCAACGUGUGGGACAUCAAUGACAACGAGCCCGCUUUCACCUGCGCACCCGAUGGCUGCCACGGCAACAUAGCUGAGAACUCACCCCCAGGAACUUUUGUCAUGGAGAUGACGGCGGCAGACCUUGACGACACGGCAGUGGGUCAGAACGCCAUCUUCACCUAUCGUAUCAUCGAGAACGCCCGUGAUGCAGAUUCUGAGGAACUAUUUACAAUCGACGCUAGUACGGGCACCAUCUCCGUGGUGACCAGCGGACUGGACAGGGAGGUGGCAGAGCGGCACCAGCUGGUGGUCGAAGCCAGGGAUGGAGGGGACAUGGUCGGUACAGCUACCGCCACUAUCAUCAUCAUGGACCUGAACGACCAUACCCCCCGGUUCAAAGAUGAGUGGUGUGGGGCUCGUGUGUCUGAGAACAGCCCUCCAGACUCAACCGUGCUGGAGCUGGAAGCUGUGGACCCAGACUCUGGCCCUCACGGCCUGCUGGGCUUCAGUGUGGUGGCGGGGGACCAGCGGGAGAGGUUCUACAUGGUGAGCCACAGAGCAGAGCAGUCUGGGAGUCUGAAGCUGAGGAAGGGGCUGGACUAUGAGAGGCCCGGCGAGCAGCGCUUCAACCUCACCAUCCAGGUGGAGGACUCUGACUUCUCCAGCCUCAUCCACUGCAUCAUCCAGGUGGUGGAUGAGAACGACCACAUCCCUGUGUUCACCACCACCUUCUACCCCCUCGCCCCUCUAGUGGAGGAUGUUGCCGUGGGAACCAGCAUCACCCAGGUGAUGGCCAAUGACUCAGACUCUGACCUGAAUGGGGAAAUAGUCUACAGCAUCUCCCCGGAGUCAGACCCAUACGGUCAUUUUAUAGUGGACCGAGACGGCAUUGUGACCGUGUCCCGACCGCUGGACAGAGAGACAAUGCCCGAGUACCAGCUGGUUGUCAUGGCGACAGACCGCGGGAGUCCAGCGUUGACGGGGAGCGCCACGGUCCAGCUGAGCCUGCUUGAUGUUAAUGACAAUGGGCCAGAGCUGGAGGUGGCCUACACCCCUGUCCUCUGGGAGAACAGCCCUGCUCCACAGCUGGUGUGGCUCAACCAGACCUCCACGCUGCUCCACGUUAUCGACAGGGACUCCCCAGAGAACGGGCCUCCCUUCUCCCUCGCCCUUCCCCAUCUCUACGCCCCUGACUUCCACCUGCAGGACCAUGGCAAUGGCACGGCAACGCUCACCGCGCUGUGCCGCUUCGACCGUGAGCGCCAGAGGGAGUUCCUCCUGCCCGUGGUUAUGACGGACAGCGGCCGUCCGCCAAUGACGGUCACCAACACGCUCACCAUCACCGUGGGCGACCAGAAUGACAACGCCCACCAGGAGGGAGAGAAGGAGAUUUACGUUCACAGCCGGAGGGGAAGGAUGCAGACUACUUCGCUGGGCAAGGUCUAUGCCCCUGAUCAAGAUGAUUGGGACAACAAGACCUACACCUUAGAUGCAGAAGGAAUGAGGUAUUUCACUCUAGACAAGAGUUCAGGCCACCUGGCCAUCAGACAGAACACCCUAGCGGGAAGCUACUAUCUCAGAGUGGGAGUGUCGGACGGGGUGUGGCCGGACGUGGUGUCUGGGGUCACAGUUCACGUCCGGGAGCUAGAGGACAUGGCCAUCCACUCAUCAGCCUCCCUGCGUCUGAUCGGCAUCACUGCCAGAGAGUUUAUUCAGUCCCGGGUGGACGAGAGGAGUCGACAGGAUAUGUUCAGGGGCUUCUUGUCUGAACACCUGUCCAUCAGAUCAGGCACAAUCAACGUCUUCAGCCUGACAGACGUUAGACCAAAGACGCUGGACGUGCGCUUCUCUGUGCACAGCGAUGGCUACCUGCGCCCAGAGAAACUACAUGGAUACCUGGCGGCGCAUACAAAGAAGCUGCAGUCUCUGCUGCGGGUGAACGUGUCCCAGGUAGAGGUGGAUGAGUGUGUGUACACAGACUGCAGGCCGGGUGGCGGCUGCUCCACACAGCUCAGCGUCAGUGACACACCCACCCUGGUCGAUGCCGGGAACAUAGCACUGGUGUCUGUGACGAUGAUGUCCUCUGCCCGGUGUGGCUGCUCUGCCAGGGACCGGGUCCAUCAGGCUUGUUCCUCCUACCUCACAAACCCCUGCUUCAAUGGAGGCACCUGCAUAGAUACCCUCAGUGGGUACAGGUGCCAGUGCCCACUGCAGCAUGAGGGUCCUGAAUGCCAGCAGACGAGGCGAAGUUUCCUUGGCAACGGCUAUGCCUGGUUUCCUCCCAUAAGGCCGUGCUUUGAUAGCCAUCUUUCCCUGGAGUUCAUCACAGAGGCUGAGGAUGGGCUGCUACUCUACAGCGGGCCCCUGGCCACCCUGCAGCCUGGAGACCCAGAGGACUACAUGGCUAUAGAGCUGAUUGGUGGAACACCCAGUCUGAAGAUCAACCACGGGUCUGGGACCCUGGUCCUGCAGUUGCAGGGCAACAUGGUUGUGUCUGACAGACGCUGGCACCGACUGGAUGUUAGAAGCAACAGUAAAGAUGUGCAUUUCACCCUGGACCGCUGCUCCAGUGCUAUCGUUAUGGAGACUGAGGGCGUGGACAGCUGGGCCAUGACUGAGGACCGGUCCUCCUGUGAGGUCAGAGGAGUCACGCCUAAUAGGGACAGGUACCUGAAUGGGAGUCAGGUGUUGCAGCUAGGUGGGGUCAACGAGAACAUGUCCUAUGAGUAUCCCCAGCUACAGCACAAGCACUUCAAUGGUUGUCUGCGCAACCUGGUUGUGGACAGUAAGCUCUAUGACCUUGGCUCUCCCUCGGCAUCCUCCAGCACUGCCCCAGGCUGCUCUCUGACUGAUGGGAACUGUAUGAACAUGGGUGUACCAGUCUGUGGCGCCAGGGGGCGCUGUAAUGGUCAGUGGGACUCCUUCAGCUGCCAGUGUGGGCCCGGGUACACAGGGAUCCACUGUGAAGACGAAGUUCCAGAGUUCUCCUUCAAUGGGAGGAGCCAUGUCCAGUACCAGGUGGGCUGGUCACUCCCCGCUCGUCACUCCAGCUUUCAGCUCCAGGUGCGAACCCACGCCCCCAGCGGUGUCCUCCUCAGCCUCCUCUCGCAGGAACAGAAUGAAUACUUACGUCUGGAGGGGAUGGACAUGUGCAAACUGCGGUUAUAG